UCGCGUCAGGCGGGUCCGCUCGCUGCCGUCGGCUGGCUGGGGAGGCCCGCGGGGAGAACACGGAGCGUCGCCCGGCAGCGUGGCUCGGCCGGGCCCCGGCCCGCGCUCCGGUCCCCGGCGGCGCUAUGCUCUUCUCGCUCCGGGAGCUGGUGCAGUGGCUGGGCUUCGCCACCUUCGAGAUCUUCGUGCACCUGCUGGCGCUGCUGGUGUUCUCCGUCUUGCUGGCCCUGCGCGUGGACGGCCUGGCCCCCGGGCUCUCGUGGUGGAACGUGUUCGUCCCCUUCUUCGCCGCCGACGGGCUCAGCACCUACUUCACCACCAUCGUGUCCGUGCGCCUCUUCCAGGACGGGGAGAAGCGGCUGGCCGUGCUCCGCCUCUUCUGGGUCCUCACGGUGCUGAGUCUCAAGUUCGUCUUCGAGAUGCUGCUGUGCCAGAAGCUGGUGGAGCAGACGCGGGAACUCUGGUUCGGCCUCAUCACGUCUCCCGUCUUCAUUCUCCUGCAGCUGCUCAUGAUCCGCGCCUGCCGCGUCAACUAGCUACCCCCGGCCAGGGCCUGGGAGGGAACUCUGGGUGGCUGGAAGUUUCGGGAAGACGGGCCCCUCCUUAACCGAGACCACUCUGCCCCCAGAUGAUAAGCGAAACCGAAUUGCCUCACCAGUGUGUGCUCCUGCGAGUGCCCAGUUUUCUCUGUACCAGCCAGUCUCGUCCGACAUGGUUUCUAAAACUGGCUAUUGAUCCUUGGGUUCCAUGGUGUGAGUCGUGGCUCUUGAGUCAGCCCUUGACAGUCUUUAAUUCCUCACAGAUGGUAAAAAAGGACAACAGGAGUGAAUGUCCCAAUGGGCUCUUGAGUAUUCUCCAAGGUCCUGAGAAUGUAUCUCCUUUGCAGACCCUACAAAGUUGGCCUUUGGAAUCUCUGGCCACUGAAUAAGCCCAAUGGCCUGCUGUCUAUCCUCUGGCCACCCAAAAUGCUCUCAAUUGCUUGAGCUCCUGAGCUUGUCCUCCUGGGAAGUAUGUUCUACUUUUCAUUUCAUUU